AUGGCUGCCACCCAGCAGCUGCCCAUGCAGUCGCGCACUGGUCGCGUGAACCAACGGUACGGUCCCCAGGGCGAACGACUAGUCGCCGGUGUUGUUCCGCUCUCCACGGACAAGUACUAUGUGCUCCUCAUCCAGUCCACACGCCGUGGCGGCUGGGUUCUCCCAAAGGGCGGAUGGGAGCUCGACGAAGCAACCGCUCAAGAUGCCGCCAAACGUGAGGCCUGGGAGGAGGCCGGCAUCAUCUGCAAAAUCAGCUACGACCUCGGCAUGAUCCCCGAGAAACGGAGGGCCGACCAGCUGACAGCCACCGCACCCAAAGCCUCGUAUCACUUCUUCGAGGCCGUUGUUGAGAAACAGGAAACACAAUGGCCAGAGAUGCACAAGCGCUCAAGGCAGUGGUUCACCUACACCCAAGCACGCGAGGCUCUGGCGCCAAGGCCCGAGUUGCUGGACGCACUCGACAGGUGUACAAUGCAUCGGUAG